AUGUUGUCGAUAUUUUGUGGGAUAGGCGAAGGAUCGUCUGGAUACACCUGUGUGUUUAUCUGUUUGUGUGAAUUUUAUUUGCAAGUUUCCGUGCGUACUUUGUCCGUCACAUGAAUCAGCUCGUGCUUGAACGUUGUUAUUCUUGUUUGACAUGACUUUAGAAGAUCCAUUUUACGUCGUCAAAGAUGAGGUGUUCAAAGCAUUGAACAAAACACGCGGCCUAUACCUCAGGUGGCAGGAGAUUUCGAAGGCGCCAACUAUACCCAACAGUCCUGAAGUGGAAUGGACUUCAACGGAGUUGAGGAACGCUCUCCGUAGUAUUGAAUGGGACUUAGAGGAUUUAGAAGAUACUAUCAGUAUCGUAGAAAAAAAUUCAUCAAAAUUUAAAAUCGACAAUAAAGAAAUUUCGGAAAGACGGAGUUUUAUAGAAGCUACGAAGCAAGAAGUGAAGGUGAUGAAAAGUAAAAUGAGCCUGAACAGAAACCGAGACAACGAUGGAACGGCGCGAGAACCGCUGCUGGGCGACGAAAGUCCAGUGCACAACAUGAGCAAUGUUUGGACGGCUACACCAAAAUAUACGAAAUACUCGAAACUUGCCAACCAGACCGACAGUCCUAACCGGUUUGACUAUGAUAGUGAUAUCAUGUCCAUGCAGGAGAAGAUGCUGACGAGUCAGAAUGACCAGCUGCAAGUGAUCAGCCACUCUGUGGGGUCAUUGAAAACUGUUUCUAAACAGAUUGGGAUUGAACUCGACGAGCAGGCAGUGAUGUUAGACGAUUUGAACACAGAACUUGAAAAUGCUGAUUCUAAACUAGAUUCAACAUUAAAGAAAGUUGCUAAGGUGCUCCAUAUGAAUAACGAUCGACGCCAGUGGCUGGCGAUAUUAAUCCUGGUAGGCCUUCUAAUGAUAAUACUAAUAUUAUUCGUUAUAAUUUGAAGCAAGUUUCAAGUAAUUUUUGUUUCAAUAAAUGUUAAAUCAUGUUUGUAGCUAAGUGAUAUAUUCUUAUAUGAUAACGUCAUAGUAUCUAUAAUCUGUCUAUACUAUCACUUUGUAGAUAUUAUCAAUUAGAAUUGUAACUGAAUUGUUCAUUUAAGUUUAAUUUACAUUUUGUUAGCUAGCUAGUUAAAUGUUUGAAUGUUUUGCUUGAACACCGUCUUCCGUUCAAUUUUGAUGUAUAGGAUAUGUUUAAAAACCUUGUCUUAUCUGAAAGGCGCCAAAUAGAAAAUUAUAUAUAGGUAAAAAUAUCGACAUUGCAACAUGUACUAGGCAUUUAAAACACCACAAUUAAGAAGAUGUCUAUAUAAUAUUCUUACGUUCACAGAUAGGAAAGGGAUAUUGUAACGUUUAGAUAUUUUCAACGUAUUAGACAUAUUCAGCAGCACUCCUGUUUGCUCCUUUUAUAAGGUAUUACGAUGUUCAUAUUCUCAAAUGUCGCGUGAAUAGUUUUCUUAUUGUAUAAGGUAACAGCUGAAACAUUGCUUAGCUUAAGAAAGAUUGUGCUAGACAAUGUCUAGCAGUCUAUGUAGAUAAUAAAAGUACCCUGGCUUGGUGAGCAUUAACUUAGACGUUAGUUAAUACUGUAACUAGUGUGAUACGGCUUACUAAAUAUUUUUAAUUGAUGUUAAUAUUGUUAAUGUAUGUUCCAUGGUACCGCGCACUCAUCAGAAGCCUCGUUGUUGUUUCCCUCGCUAUUAUAGUCGCUAGUGUCGUCCACGACUGGACAAGCUUCCCCACAGUAGCCACGAUUGUUCUAUGUCACAUAGUGCCAUUAUUGAACAGGUGACCAGUAGCAGAUCAUUUGUCCAACUACUAAAUUAGCCUACGACUAAGUUUAGCAGCGUAGCGAGUCUUUAUUAAGCUAAGUUUAGUAUAGGCAAACUCAGGUCUAAAAUUCUCACGGUUAUUUGGACAAUAAGGGUUAUUUACGAACUGAUACGAACCCUAUAUUUAUUAAUCCGAUAGAAUUCCAAAGAUUAGCAUAGGUACUACGAUAACUACUACCUCGGUAAGAUUUUAAUUGGCAAGGGAAACUCAAUUUGCUACCAAACGUCGAAAGGUUUAUUUGAAAGUUAUUUUGAAGCAGGUACAUCUUUUGGCCGGACUUCACCAAAACGGAGAUGUAAAGUUGCAUGUGUUUUUAUCUUUACGACGACAGUCCCUGGGAGGAUCUAGCGGAACUGCCCUGUAUAUCGCUGAGACACAUCUCCGCUUUUAUUGCGCCAAAUAUCUCAGCUCUGUGGUUUCCAGUUCCACUGAAGCCAUGUGAAAAGGGUGGGAGAUGUGAAUAACGAAAUUUUAUUGGUUGUUUCAUCUCCGCUUUGGUGGAGGCUGUGCCUUAGAAUGGGAAAAGAAGUUAGGUCACGAAUGCAUGCCUUACACAUACGUUUAGGUUUGGUGCCAGUGUUCGCCUUAAGAAUUGUUGCAAGCCUCUCAGUGUCGGUCGCAUGGCUCGCAUGCUUCAGCCUGGGGCAACGCAAUUACAGCACAUGCCUCGCAGUCUCACUAUACUAGGUAAUUUAGGAUAGAUGCAAUUGUAUAGAUUAAUGGUUGUCUUUACGAAGUAAAACAUUUCUGAUACAAUUCUAAUAUUAAAACCGAGUGACUCCAAGUAUGUACCUAAAAUAACACAAGGAAUAGAAAGAAAACAUUUAAAGAUUAUAUUUUAUUACAUUGGAUAGUAUUUAGGAUGGAUCCAGUUCUUUACUGAUUGUUACUUUUAGCUGAGCGCAUAUAUUAUAUAUUUUAUUAUAUAUUAUACAAUAAAUAGCAAUAACCAAAAGAGAUAUAUAGAAUUAUAGUCAGCGUCACAUUUUUAUGUAGAUUGUUAAGAACAGUGAAGUAAUAAUUUUGCAAUAACAUUAUAAUAAUUACGCCCUUAUGUAUUUUAUCAAACCAGCAAAAAAUGUGUAAUGAGAUGUGAAGAUUACAAGAUUAUUAAUAA